UGCUCUUUCACUUAGGCGGAGUCAGCCUUCAGGUAAACGCGGACUGACAGUAAGACAGGAUUCUGCUCAUUUUGUGGCGGUUUUAACAGCUGGUACAUUAUAACAAUCUGCGAGAAAUCAACUUGUCAGGUAGAUAUUGACCACUGACCUCCGCCGUUCAAGAGGACUAUUUUGGGAGGGGGCGGGGCCACCUGCGUUAACGUGAGAACGAAAAUAUCCUAGAACCUACACUUUACUCUCUUACUUUCACACUCGAAAAGUGUGUAAUAUUAUUUAUCUCUGCUGUUGUAAGGAAAGAAUGAAGAAAUCGUCUUCAGGUCCACCAGCCAGGUCCAGCAGCGGCAGGCUGAGGAGGCUAGAGAGAGGAGAUUCUACUGGGUCUGUGGGGACUGCACUAAAACGAUCAUUCGAAGUUGAGGAGGUUGAUUCUCCCACAAAUCCUUCACAGCUUUCACGCCGAAAUGUCAAUCCCCUUCGCUCUUCUGCCACAAGUCGUUUUCAUGAACUGGGAUCCCGGAACUCAGAAAACUCCUCAAGACAUGGCUCAGAAUCCUCAUCCAGUGGCCAGCGCUCUCCCAAGAGCAGUGGGCGGCGCAUGGAGCUUUCACGCCGCACUGAAAUCUCCAUCGACAUCUCCUCCAAACAGGUGGACAGCUUGCCCAGCCCUGGCAUUAACCGUUUUGGCUUGAGGCGACCAGAGAUCUCGCUUCAUAACAGAAUUCCAGAGCCGAGCUCACCCAGGAGGGCAGAGAUAACCCUUUCACGAGCACAGGAACCAUUAGCUGCCUAUCGAAGAGCUGAUGUGCCUUCAUCAGCUGCAAGAAAUCCUGAACCUGUUCAGAGGAAGGCUGAGUCUCCUAGCACAGUGGAGAGUUCGUCACUGCUAGGCAGACGGACUGAGCCACUGGUUAACAGGCAGGUAGAGACUUCAUCUCCAUCCAGAGAGUCUGAGAACAGCUUCUCUUCAGAAGCCAGCAUGACCCCAAGCUUUGCUGAAUAUAAAACCACACCAGCAGCACAGGAGAAUUCCAGCAGAGCUACAGACAGGUCAGAGGUGAUUUCCAGCCACAGUUAUAAUAGCAGCAGUAGCAGUAUGGCAGAGCCGGUAAUCCCUGAAAUGCCCCCAGUUGUGUGCCCAGAGAAGCCAAGCGUGGACUUCAGCUAUGUGGGCAUUGACGCCAUCUUGGAACAGAUGAGGAGGAAGGCCAUGAAGCAGGGCUUCGAACUUAACAUCAUGGUAGUGGGUCAGAGUGGUCUGGGCAAGUCCACACUCAUGAACACCCUCUUCAAGUCCAAAGUAAGCCGAAAGUCGGUCAUGGGAACAGCUGAGGAGCGCAUACCUAAAACUAUUGAGAUCAAGUCCAUCAGCCAUGACAUUGAAGAGAAAGGUGUAAGAAUGAAAUUGACUGUCAUAGACACACCAGGCUUUGGUGAUCAGAUCAACAACGAGAACUGUUGGCAGCCCAUAAUGAAGUUCAUUAACGAGCAGUAUGAGCAGUACUUACAGGAGGAGAUCAACAUCAACCGGAAGAAGAGGAUUCCUGACUCACGAGUUCACUGCUGCAUAUACUUUAUCCCACCCACAGGACACUGUCUAAGGCCUUUGGAUGUGGAGUUUAUGAGACGACUGAGUAAAGUGGUGAACAUUGUCCCAGUUAUCGCCAAGGCUGACACCUUGACCCUAGAGGAGAGGGACUUCUUCAAGAAGAAGAUCAGGGAAGAACUGAGGGCCAACAACAUUGACGUCUAUCCUCAGAAGGAGUUUGACGAGGAUACAGAGGACAGACUGAUCAAUGAAAAAAUAAGAGAGAUGAUUCCUUUUGCAGUGGUGGGGAGUGACCAAGAGUACCAGGUCAAUGGGAGGAGACUCUUAGGAAGGAAAACCAAAUGGGGAACCAUAGAAGUUGAGAAUAUCGCUCACUGUGAGUUUGCCUACCUGCGAGACCUCCUUAUCAGAACCCAUAUGCAGAACAUUAAGGACAUCACCAGCAGCAUCCACUACGAAAUGUACCGUGUGCGUCGCCUUAAUGAGAACAACAUGCAGGCCAAUGGGCUCUCUGAGCACCACCCAGCCUCACAUGAGAUCUAGUGCCUUCACCACCACCACCCCCACACCCCCCCCCACCUUAUAUCUCUCUACACUUCUCUACCCUGCACUCCAUCUGCCACCCCAUUCCACUCUCGCUUUUUUCAGCCAGAGACACAACCAGCAUGAAACAGAGUCAACUAUUUCUCCUGAGAAGGGCAUAUUAUAACUUUGUUCCCCAUGCAGUACUGCACACUACUUCACAUGCCUCCUGUCUGCCUUCUCUAACCCACAGACUGAAGACUGAUGACACACACACACACAUACACACACACACAAAGCUAAAUGCUUCCUCCCUGAAUGCAUCCACAUGUCCCGUAUGUCCACCCAACUCGCCCAGCUUCAUGUUUCAGGUCUCUGACUAAACCGCAGAUCGAGUUCACAUGGGUCAAGAGACCAAAUUGCGGUGCUUGUAAAAUGUAUACACUUUUUGCUUUGAUAUUACAAUCAGCACUUCAUAUAAACCUCCUCUUUUAUGAUUGUUUUAUUGAUUUUUUUUGCUGUGCUGCUUCAUCAAUAAUGUGAAAGUCCAGGCUCUGUGGCUUUCUAAAGCCGAUGCUGAUGCACCAGACCUGCACCUUCAGUCAUUCAGGAGCCCACCUGCUUAUUUGCACCUGCUUAGUGGUUAAGUGCUUAAGGGUAUGAAAUUGGUCCAAAUGCAGAUGGAUAUGCACACAUGUUCUUUGCAUGAGUUUUUGUGCCCAUGUCUGAAUACUUUACUAAACAGUAAUGUUUGAUAUUAGAAUACAAUGAAUAAAGGCCAAACCUCUCAGUCAGUAAUGACAAUAGUGUUUGUUACAACACCAAAAAUAACUUUUGUCCAAAAUUGUUUUUGUUUUGUUUGCUGUAAGAGGGGGAUACACACUAUAACUGCAGUUUAUAAAUCAAUUGUAGUUUUCUGUUGAUAAAGUGCAUCAUUCUACUCGAACAUCUCAGAGUAGGGGAAUGUUGUCUUGCUUUUAUGGAAACUUUGUCUUUCUGGAAACUACUGGUCAUAAUUUUAUACUACAUCCAAUCCAAACUGAACAAUGAAGGGAUUAACUGUCUUCCUGUUACACUCGUAAUGACACAUUUAUUUCGAGCUUAGCCAACGCUGUUUUUCAUUACUGACAGGAAACAUUGGCUUUUAUUCAUUAUCACAUAUCACAUUGUUGUUUAAUAGAGUGGUCAUAAAACCCAAUUGAAAGAUCCACUGACUUAAACAUAUUCAGGCCUUGCUGUUUUUACUGGAUGUACGUAGCAUGGUGGUUUUCAGCUGAUGACUUCAGGGUUUUCAGCGUGCACCUGGGAGUCCAUCAUUUGUUCAUUUUAACAGGAUGUUGUAUGUUGGUGUUGCAGUUAAGAUUACAGAUCUUCCCAUUGUGUUGUAUAAUUAUACAGAUUUUUUUUUUUACAGUUUUUUUUUCCUUAUAAAGUCUCUGUAUUGCCAGUGACUUUAAGUUCCAGUGUGUGCCAGUGUGCCUUAUUAUAUCUCCUUUUUCCUAUUUACAAUUUAAAGAAGCCAUGACUGACUGAAGCAUUGUUACAAAUGAAAUGAAAGAUUUCCCACAUUUUAUGGCCUUACAAAUGUCUCCAAACCUUUUAACUGCAUUUAAUUAGAGAAAUGUCAGAAUAUUUGUCCUGUGAUGUAUAUUCAUAGUAAUGAAUUUGUUUUUACUGGUAUUAAGAGUAACCCAAAUAUCUUUGAUAUCUGCUAUUUUAAUGAAAUAAAGAUGGAAAAUGAAA